UGAGCAGGCCCAUUGAAACUACUCUAAGUUGAUGGAAAACUACACCUACAAUAGCUUUACACUCCAGCUGCAGGGGUUAAAUAUUUCAAAAGAGUCUAUCUACCCUGUCUAUCUCUUUUUCUUGUUCUCCUACCUGUUUAUAAUGGUCACAAAUGUGGGCAUUACUGUUCUGAUUUUCAUUGACAAGAACCUUCACCAGCCUAUGUAUCUUCUUUUUCGCAACCUGCUAAUCACUGACAUACUUGGAAACUCUAUCAAGUUGCCCCGUUUACUAUUAGACAUGUUGCGGCCUCCCUCUGAGCGCCUCAUCAGUUAUUAUGAAUGUGUGGUUCAAGCUUUUACCACACACAUGUACGGUACUGCUUCUCAUACUGUGCUCAUGAUUAUGGCUUUUGACAGAUAUGUGGCUAUCUGCAAUCCACUACGCUAUUCAACCAUAAUGAAUGACAAAAUGGUAAUGAAGCUGACAGUUUCUGCCUGGGGAGUGGCCUUUGUUUUGGUUGGGAUUCUUCUCGGUCUGACCAUACGGCUGAACCGAUGCAGGACUCUGAUCAUGAAUGCUCACUGUGACAAUGCCGGGCUGUUUAAGCUUUCCUGUGAGAAUGUGUUUAUUAAUAAUGUCUAUGGCCUCACAUUCACUGUGGUCCUUUUUACCGGUUCUAUAGGCAGCAUGGUUCUCACAUAUACUAAGAUUACAGUAGUCUGUCUGACUAGCAAUAACAGGUCUUUGAACAGUACAGCCUUUAAGACCUGCAGCACUCAUCUCUUUGUAUAUCUAAUUAUGUUCUUAUGUGGUAUGUUUGUUAUCAUCCUGCAUCGCUUUCCUCAGUACUCAGACUACAGAAAACUCUGUAGCAUUUUGUUUCACAUCGUCCCUGGCAGUCUUAAUCCCAUUAUUUACGGUGUACAGUCAAAAGAGAUGAAAAAGUUUUUUUUAAAGUUGUUUAAAUCCAAAAACACUUUACCACUGAUAUGAAGUUAGUUAACAACUUUUUUUGUGCAUUUUUCAGUAUGAAUAAUAAUCAAUGUUUGCAUGUUUGUCUGAAUGUUUCAAUAUAUGUGGGAUAGUCAGUGGAAAAAAACCUUUAGAAUCACAAGAAGUGUAAUAAAAUAAAGUUACAAUUAGAU